GAAUGAAGGAAGAUCCGAAAAUGUUGCUGUACCAAUGACUCUCUGUGACAUCAUCUGCAAAUCAUUUCUUCCUUGCUGUGUCUACCUUCUCUUGUUUGCCUUUAACAUUUCAAUGAUUGUCAUUGGAUCAGUCUAUGCUAAUGAUUGCUCUCUCAAUCCUCUUAUUCCAAUAUUCCUUAUUGUCUUUGGCUGCUUCAGUGUAAUUCAAACAUGCUGUGGAAUGUCUAAGAUGAUCUGCUGUCGUGAGAAUGAAGAUGAAAGUGAUACUAAUAGACUCUGCAGGAAGACCAACUUCUGUUUCCAAGGCCUUAUUGUCAUAUUCCUCUUUGCUUGGUUCAUUGCUGGUAAUGUCUUUGUCUUUGGUUCCUGGGGUGACUGGGAUGAUAGUGAUAAGUAUGGAGAUUACUACUGUAAUCCUGUACUGAUGUAUUUCUCCCUCAUCACCAUUAUUGUAAUGUAUGCUAUAAGUGCUCUUGUUUGCUGUUGCUGCCUUUGCUGCCUCUGCUGUUUAGUGUUGAUGGCUGGAGCUUCAGAUGAAUAUUAACACUGAUAAUAGUUAAUGUGAUUAUUAAUCUAUAGUAAGUACAUGUAAUUUGAUGAUUAUAUGACCCUUCUAUUGUGGGAUCCUACUAGUAGUAGCAGUAGUGGAGUAUUCACUUUUGUAUGGCAUCAUUAAUUGACUGAUUUUGUAUGGCAUCAUUAAUUGACUGAUUUUGUAUGAUCUAAAUUGUGUUCAUGUGUUUUCCUCUUGUGUUUAAGACCUUUUUCAAUUGAUUAAGUUAACAAUAUUUAAGUUUGAAUAUUUUGUGUAGCAUAUACGAUUAAGUGUCCUUGGGAUGUUAUGAUUACUUUUUCCUUAA